CUCUUCUCUAACGAAGGUCUCUCUCUCUCUCUAAAAACCCACACACUCUCUCUCUCUCUCUAAAGAUGCUGUUGAGGAGCUCUUCGGCUCCGAUUCUGAAUUCAUGGACACCCAAUUCGAGAGAUUCGUCACCGGAGACCGAUCACGUCCCUAAACUUUCACGAGCAAAGACGGUGGUUCUCACGACGUCGUUUGGUCCGCUAUCUGCUGUACAGGACCCGUUUAAGAACGCGGCCCGACCCCUAUCCGAUACCGAUCUCGUUGACCCGCCGGUGUGGACGAGAACCAAACCUCCGGCUCCGACCCGCCUUACCCGUUCAUCGCCGGCGAAGGUUAGACAGAAUGAAGCGGGUGAGGGUGAGGUGGUGCCCACACUGCAGAGGUUGUUGUCGAGCUCCGGGUUGGGUGGGGCUGUGAUGGAGGUGGAUGAUGUGGGAUGCGUUGCCGUGGGAGGGAAAGAUCGGGUGUUGCAUAAACUGCUUGUGGGCGGUGGGAUCGGCGGAGGUCCGGGUGGUGGUGGUGGAGGGAGAGGAUCAGACGGCGGUGAUGGGUUUGGAGAUUCAUAUGAUUCUAAUAAUGGGCACGGACAUGACAGUACGGACACAUAUUACCAGAAAAUGAUAGAGGCAAACCCUGGCAAUGGUCUUUUACUUGGAAACUAUGCUAAAUUCUUGAAAGAGGUCCGAGGAGAUCUUGCAAAAGCGGAAGAGUACUGUGGAAGAGCAAUUUUGGCUAAUCCGAGCGAUGGGAAUGUUUUGUCACUCUAUGCUGAUCUGAUAUGGCAGACCAAAAAGGAUGCUCCUCGUGCCGAAGCUUACUAUGAUCAGGCUGUUAAAACUAAUCCCGACGAUUGUUAUGUUCUAGCUUCGUAUGCUAGGUUUCUUUGGGAUGCCGAUGAAGAAGAGGAGGAGGAAGAAGAAGAAUGCGAACACAGGAUUGACCACAUAAACGCAUCACAAUCAAAGUUCUUUGAAGGAGCUUCUCAUGGCUCAUCUUUAACUGCGGCUUUUUAGUCUCUCAACUCUGUGUGUAAUCUGUGUAUUGUAAUGGUAAUAUGUAUCAGCUGAUGUUAGCCUAUGAGUAACAGUACUUUGAUCCAGUUUCUUGUUUUUUUGUUGGAUAUAGUAGAAAUAACUUUGUGACUGUAACUUUCUAUCAAUAAUAAUAACACAGAAAAUAUUGUUCGUGUU